CUGCAACUGGAAGUCUGGUUACAUGCUACCCGUAGAAUCGAUACUGCUAUUGGAAAUCGUCACUAUUUUGGCAUCGGCGUUUGAUUUUACAAACAAUAUCAAGCAUCUUUUAAAGACAGUGAGUGGUCGGUCAAUCAUAAGCUUAUAAAAUAUUUUGUGGCAUGCAAGCAGCCAUUCGAAAUCUCAAAAUCGACUCCUGCUCUACUUUUGUACGUGCGCAUCCAUCCGACAGAUGGGGUUCCCAAAAUAAGUUUACGGUUGCUGUCAGAUCGCGCUAGUCAUCUGACGAGGCUGGUCUAACUUUGGAAGCCAGCUGCAAUGCAGUCGCAAGCUUCGAGUGUUUUCUCCGCUAGAGGAUUCUCUGGGCGAUAAAUCCGAAAAGCUUAAGGAUCGAUCGGAAUCUCUGCAAAGCCAGAGGGUUCCAGUCGUAUCGUGUGACUGCGAGACUCAGCAGAAAGCCGAACCCAAAAUAAUAAUCUACUGCUCCUCUGAGCAGCAUCUGAUACGGUACAACUGAUUCGAUAGGCGAGAACCGAGACUGUGAUAAUGGAUUGAACAUCGUUGGAAGAAUGCGUCUCUUCAUAGUCGAAUCGACACGGGGCAUGUUGACCUGGGGUUGACCGAACGAUUUCGGAAGUUGACGACGCCAGAGCCCGAGGCAUUGGAGCAGGAGCAGGAGCAGGUGCCGUCACAACCAAGAGGAAGUGACAGGCUCGCGGCUCGCCACCAUGGCUGCUUCUAUUCCACGCGAACCGGCUCUCACCUACUGCGAAUACAAGCACGAGGCAAAGAAGGUGGCCAGGACUAAUGACCCGCCUGUUAUAAACAAUCCCUGCCUCUGCAGUUGUAUGAGUUGUGGAACUUUCAAAAACCGAGACAAAACUCCCUUGAGAAAACGCGAUAAUCCUCAGUACUACACGGCCACUCGUAACGUCGGGUUCCCCGGAUCGAAUUUGCCUCGAGUCGUCGUCUUUUGUCCUCUUCACGAUGGUGUAGACGAGAAAUUUCUCGGAGGCUGGAAGUCGAAAUUGGGAACGCAGUCUUGUGGGUAUGGGCACUGCAGGCAGUCGCAAUGUACAGAGGGAAUCGCAGUCACGGCUGUGACGUUUCAUCCGAACCCGGCCGCGACGAUUAGAUCCCCGAAAGGAGGUGGAAGCAUUCGGCCUGAGCCUCUGUGUCCGCGGCCCACUUGUGAAUGCACCAGGGUCUCGAACAAGGGAAUAGGACCUCCGAGAUUCGGCGACGUUAAGUUGAUUAAAGGAUCGCCGCUGAUCAAGGGCUCUGCCUGGACCAAUUUGUACAGAAGUGACCCCGUCACGGAUCACCAGGACUUGGACCUUCGCCGAGAACCUAUGGCCCCCAACACCACAUCUCUGUAUACUUGCAAAAAGUACAUCGCCCAGCAGUGCAACAGAUAAAGCAGAUGCGCUAGCACUAGCCAUGAAGUCAGCAGAGCCGUAAAUCUCUUAAUGAAUCUCAGUGUUGCGUCCACGAUAAGCAGGGGCGGUGAGAGCACAGUGUCUCGAACGCAGGAACAGCCUGCGUUCCUCGGAUUUAUGACAUAGUACUGAGUGCUAAUCGAGUUUGCGGAGCAUUAAUGCAUUUCCACAUGAAUUCUUCUGUCUUGGGAGAGAGAGAGAGAGAGAUCGAAGCGAUUCUCUGAAAGCACACAGAACUGCCCCGUGACAAAAGUACGAGUCUAAUCCUCAACUCUGUAGCUCAAUCACUAAAGAUUCAGCUCAGGUCUCUCUAGAAGGUUUUUUGAGUGAUACGUGAUAUGGUGCAUUAGAUCUACGCAGCAGUUUAUUUUCCGCUUGACAAUGUGGCCAAGUUCUUGAUUCCUAAAUUGAUCCUGAGCAUAAUCUUCCGGAAGCCCUUUGAGGCAGAGCACUACACUUCGCGUACGUAGCCAUCGAUGGACAAUCUAGAACACAAUGAUUCCACAUAGAAGGGAGCACAAGCACAAGCACAAGACAAAAGCUGAUGAGGGCAACCACAAUAGGGACAUUUUUAUGCUGACAGUUUGCCACGAGCAAGCAGUCGUCGGUGCUCAAUUCAGUCCACAAGGAGAGCUUAUUACUGAACUAGAACUAAUAAAUUACGUGUGUUAAUGCAUUGCGUGUUUUGUAUUCUUCUUUUGAGCAAAAGAAACUACGAAAGUCAGUAGCCAAAGGCAUUCUCUGUCAAAUGGGUGAUAGGUUUUAGACAUUCAACUCUAAUGUACAGAAUGAAACUAAAGGUUUGGAGCUUGAGGUUUCUUUUUUUAUAAAUAAAGUACCAUAACAAAUCUCUGUCCAUUUUCUCAGUUAUUAAUGAUACAGGGUUUUCUUUGCUACCUAAUUCCAGUCUCUGCGAACCUAAACGAUAAACGUUCCAUAA